AUAUUUCUGUACGGUCCUGAGGCAGCCUGGGCAGUCGCCGGGUCGGGAGAGGUGCUGACAGGGCGGAGCCGCCGCCUGGCUCAGCCGGCCUCACCCCUCCCGCCCGGGACAGGUGGCUGGAGCGCGCCCCGCCUUUCGCCAGCUGCGAGUGGGAGCGAGGGAGGGCCGGUCCGGGACGGUCGCCUCCAGCUGCGAGUGCGAGUGAGCGAGGGCUAGUCCUGGACCACCGGGCCAGGGGUCCGGCGGCAGCAGACAAGUACCGUGGCGGCCAAAAAAAUGUUCCUGUGCCGAGGGGCCCCCGCCGGCCCUGGCGCACCGGGCUGCGGAGUGGCCCGGCCCGGCGGCGGCCCGCAGGCCUUCGGGAUACGCCUGAGCACGAUGAGCCCCCGCUACCUCCAGAGCAACUCCAGCAGCCACACGCGACCCUUCAGUGCCAUCGCGGAGCUGCUAGAUAAUGCUGUAGAUCCAGAUGUAUCCGCCAGGACGGUCUUUAUAGAUGUUGAGGAGGUCAAGAAUAAAUCUUGUUUGACAUUUACCGAUGAUGGAUGUGGGAUGACCCCUCAUAAACUACACCGAAUGCUCAGCUUUGGCUUUACAGAUAAAGUAAUAAAGAAGAGCCAGUGUCCCAUUGGGGUCUUUGGUAAUGGUUUCAAGUCAGGCUCCAUGCGGCUAGGAAAAGACGCCCUUGUCUUCACCAAGAAUGGGGGUACUCUCACUGUUGGACUUCUAUCACAGACCUAUCUGGAAUGUGUCCAGGCCCAGGCAGUUAUUGUACCAAUUGUUCCUUUCAACCAGCAAAACAAAAAAAUGGUGAUUACUGAAGAUUCAUUGCCCAGCCUAGAAGCCAUCUUGAACUAUUCCAUUUUCAACAGUGAAAAUGACCUGCUGGCCCAGUUUGAUGCCAUCCCAGGCAAAAAAGGCACUCGUGUUCUCAUUUGGAACAUCCGCAGAAAUAAAGAUGGAAAGUCUGAGUUGGACUUUGAUACAGAUCAAUAUGACAUCCUGGUAUCAGACUUUCACACAGAAGAAAAAGUGACUGGCGAUGUUACCUCUGAGCUGCCAGAAACAGAAUAUUCUUUAAGGGCGUUUUGUGGUAUUCUGUACAUGAAGCCACGGAUGAAAAUUUUUCUGCGUCAAAAGAAGGUGACUACCCAGAUGAUUGCCAAGAGCCUGGCCAAUGUAGAAUAUGAUACAUAUAAACCUGCCUUCACAAAUAAGCAGGUCAGAAUCACUUUUGGGUUCUCUUGCAAGAAUAGUAACCAGUUUGGAAUAAUGAUGUAUCAUAACAACCGACUCAUAAAAUCCUUUGAGAAGGUGGGGUGCCAGGUGAAGCCAACUCGUGGAGAAGGUGUAGGAGUAAUUGGAGUCAUUGAGUGCAAUUUCCUAAAACCUGCCUACAACAAACAAGACUUUGAGUAUACCAAGGAGUACCGGUUAACAAUAAAUGCCCUUGCCCAGAAGCUCAAUGCUUACUGGAAGGAGAAAACAUCUCAAGAUAAUUUUGAGACCUCACCUGUAGCCAGGCCAAUACCGAAGGUCCCUGACCAGACAUGGGUUCAGUGUGAUGAGUGUCUUAAAUGGAGGAAGCUUCCUGGCAAGAUUGAUCCAUCCAUGUUACCUGCAAGAUGGUUUUGUUAUUAUAAUUCUCAUCCAAAGUACAGGAGGUGCUCUGUUCCAGAGGAACAAGAACUCAAUGAUGAAGACCUGUAUUUGAGCAAAGCUAAGAAACAAGAGCAAACUGUUGAGGAGAAGAAGAAGAUGCCUAUGGAAAAUGAGAACCACCAGGUAUUCAGUAAUCCACCAAAGAACCUUACUGUUCAAGAAAUGGCUGGAUUGAAUAACAAGAGCACUGGAUAUGAGGGAAUUCGUAGCCCUAGUGUGCUUCCAUCUGGUGGAGAAGAAAGCAGAUCACCUUCUCUUCAACUUAAGCCUCUGGAUACCAGUGUUUUUCAGUAUUCCAGUAAGCACAAAUGGAUCGUAGGUGAGGAACCAGUGGAGAAACGAAGAAGGCUCCAGAAUGAGAUGACAACACCUGUUCUAGAUUAUUCCAUGCCUGCUCCUUACAGGAGGGUAGAGGCAGCUGUUGCCUACCCAGAAGGAGAGAACAAUGACAAAUCGAGUUCUGAGAGAAGUACACCACCAUACCUUUUCCCAGAAUACCCAGAAGCAAGCAAGAAUACAGGUCAAAACAGAGAUAUUUCAAUUCUGUAUCCAGGGGCCCAAGACCAACGUCAGGGGUCCCUGCUUCCUGAAGAAUUAGAAGAUCAGAUGCCAAGAUUGGUGGCAGAAGAAUCUAACAGAGGUAGCACGAGCAUAAACAAAGAAGAAGUGAACAAAGGACCUUUUGUAGCUGUUGUUGGUGUUGCCAAAGGUGUUAGAGAUUCAGGAGCUCCCAUUCAGCUGAUCCCUUUUAACAGAGAGGAGCUUGCCGAGAGACGAAAAGCAACUGAAUCCUGGAACCCAGGGCCUUAUUCUGUGGCCUCUGCUGCAAUCCCGGCUGCAGCCACUGGGGAGAAAGGAAGAGGCUAUGAGGAGAGUGAAGGUUGUAAUACACCAAAGAUAAAGAACCAGAGAGAGCUGGAAGAAUUGAAGAGAACCACAGAAAAAUUGGAACGUGUUUUGGCUGAAAGGAAUUUGUUCCAGCAAAAGGUGGAGGAGCUGGAACAGGAGAGGAAUCACUGGCAGUCUGAAUUCAAGAAAGUCCAACAUGAAUUGGUGAUCUACAGUACCCAGGAUGCGGAAGGCUUGUACUGGAGCAAGAAACACAUGGGUUAUCGCCAAGCUGAAUUCCAGAUUCUGAAAGCUGAGCUGGAAAGAACCAAAGAGGAAAAGCAAGAGUUGAAAGAUAAACUGAGGGAGACAGAGACACACCUGGAAAUGCUGCAGAAGGCUCAGGUCUCCUACCGGACCCCAGAGGGAGAUGACCUAGAAAGGGCUUUGGCAAAGCUUACACGGCUCCGUAUCCACGUCAGCUAUCUCCUUACUUCUGUCCUCCCUCACUUGGACCUUCGUGAGAUCGGGUAUGAUUCAGAACAAGUGGAUGGGAUCCUGUACACGGUGUUGGAGGCAAAUCACAUACUGGAUUGAGCACCAGACUGUAUACCCUUCUCUUGUCUUCUGUCUGUUCUCUUUUCCCGCCCUUCCCCACAUCUCUCUCUUUCUCUCUCUUACCUUUAUGCCUUAUAUAGAGAAUCUCUGUGUAAAUCCUGGCUCAUAACAAGUCUGCUUCUUAUCAGUUUUGGUGUGGAGAAAGAGGCCAGUUUAAAUAGGCUUUCAAGUCUUGGAAUAGAAAAGCAAUAGUCACCAAGGUCGGUGACCUGAAAGCUUUAAUUUUCAUGACCUGGAUACGUGGUCUAUUUUAUAUCUUUUCUGAAAUCAUUUGUAUGCAUGAAGGUUAAAUCAAUCAGCAGAUACUGGGUACCAGCUGUUUUUAGGUAAGCUAACACGUAUAACUCAUGUUUGCAGCCUUCGAAGGUGUAACAAUCUAGUUCGAGAUGUAAGACAUACAUCACAUUAUACACAGAGGUGUAUGAUAUGUACGACUGAGUGGCACAGAUGUAACAGUGAAGAUCUGAGGGAGGAAGUUCAAGGAAGGCACCACACCAGAAAUGGGACCUAAAUUAAGGCUUAAAAAAUGAGCCUGGCCACACUGUCAAUGAGUGAUCUUUAGGUGUUAGGACUAUGGCUGACAUUUUUCUUCUUCCUAUCUUCUUGCCUUUUUCAAAUUUUCUAUAUUAAACUUGUUAUUCUUCCUCCGUUGGAAAAAAAUAAAUUGUUUUUAAAAAGAU